UGGCGGCCGGGCUCGGGCCGCGCGCGGUGGGGCCGGGAAGGGGAGUGAGGGCGCGCACGGUCGUGUGUGUCGGUCAAAGCAGGAAGGUGGCGAAGGGAGGCGAGGCCGAGUGGGAGGCGGGAGGGGACGGGCGGGAGGAGGAGGAGGAGGAGAAGCAGCAGCAGCAGAAGAAGCCCAAGGUGGGAGGAGAAGCAGGUGGGAGGGUGGCGGCUCCCUCUGGACCCGGCGGGGACGGCGCGAUGAGGCGGGUGACCCUGUUCCUAAACGGCAGCCCGAAGAAUGGAAAGGUGGUUGCUGUAUAUGGAACUUUAUCUGAUUUGCUUUCUGUGGCCAGCAGUAAACUCGGUAUAAAAGCCACCAGCGUGUACAAUGGAAAAGGUGGCCUGAUUGAUGAUAUUGCUUUGAUCAGGGAUGAUGAUGUUUUGUUUGUGUGUGAAGGAGAGCCCUUUAUUGAUCCACAGACAGAUUCUAAACUGCCUGAAGGAUCAGCAGGCUCUCACACUGACUGGCUGACAUUGAAUGUUGGAGGGCGAUACUUCACAACUACACGGAGCACUUUAGUGAAUAAAGAACCCGACAGUAUGCUGGCCCACAUGUUUAAGGAUAAAGGUGUCUGGGGAAAUAAGCAAGAUCAUAGAGGAGCUUUCCUAAUUGACCGAAGCCCUGAAUACUUUGAACCCAUUUUGAACUACUUACGUCAUGGGCAGCUCAUAGUAAAUGAUGGCAUUAAUUUAUUGGGUGUAUUAGAAGAAGCCAGAUUUUUUGGUAUUGACUCAUUGAUUGAACAUCUAGAAGUAGCAAUAAAGAAUUCUCAACCACCUGAGGAUCAUUCACCAAUAUCUCGAAAGGAAUUUGUACGAUUUCUGCUAGCUACUCCAACCAAGUCAGAAUUGCGUUGCCAGGGUUUAAACUUCAGUGGUGCUGAUCUUUCUCGUUUGGACCUCCGAUACAUUAACUUCAAAAUGGCCAAUUUAAGUCGCUGCAAUCUUGCACAUGCUAAUCUCUGCUGUGCAAAUCUUGAACGAGCUGAUCUCUCUGGAUCAGUGCUUGACUAUGCAAAUCUCCAGGGAGUAAAGAUGGUUUGUUCAAAUGCAGAAGGGGCAUCCUUGAAACUCUGUAAUUUUGAAGAUCCUUCUGGUAUUAAAGCCAAUUUAGAAGGUGCUAAUCUGAAGGGUGUGGAUAUGGAAGGAAGUCAGAUGACAGGAAUCAACCUGAGAGUUGCUACCUUGAAAAAUGCCAAGUUAAAGAACUGUAACCUUAGAGGAGCAACUCUGGCAGGAACUGAUUUAGAGAAUUGUGACCUGUCUGGAUGUGAUCUGCAGGAAGCCAACCUGAGAGGUUCCAACGUGAAAGGCGCCAUCUUUGAGGAGAUGCUAACACCGCUGCACAUGUCCCAAAGCGUUAGAUGAGAGUGUUUGUUAGAAGAGGCUGAAAGAGACACCAGGCUGAAAAUGUUCUAUCACUUUAAUUGCUUAUCCCACUCUCCUGCCUAGAAGAAAUAACACUGAUAGGGAAUUAAAAAAACAUGUAGAGGACUAUGUUGUUCUGAAUGGUGCAUAAGGGGGAAAGUGACCAUCUCCCCUGAUCAUCUGAACAGAGAAGCACUCAUGUAAUAGAUGUAGAGAAACUCAUUUAUAUUGCUGCCUUUUGAGUAUGGCUGGGGAAUUUUCCUGGCUUUGUGACCAGGAAUUCUAUAUAUUAUAAUUUGCAUUCAAAUACAGAUGAUGGGGAAAUGUAAUCCUGGUUUGAAAUGCAUUUGAGGAGUUUAAUUUAUGAAAAGCACAAUAUAUGCAAUUCUAUUUAUUGAAUCGCUAAAUGCAGUGUAUUUAAGUUGUUAUAUUUUAGGAGAUUUUGAAAGUUGUUCAGGUUGAUAAAUAGCUUUAGUGACACUUCCCCUAACCUAUGACACCAUUUAAAUAUGGUGAUAUCAGAUUUUUCUUUUCAGGUUCUUUUUAUAAUGGUUAUAUUUUAGAAUAAAGUAGAAGCUAAAUUAAAGAUGCCCUCUGGUUAUAUUUUAGAAUAAAAUAGAAGCUAAAUUAAAGAUUCCCUCUGCUUUUACUGAUUAAAACAGUGAAUGGAAAUACACCAUUGUUAGCAGAAAGUGGAACUCUCCAUGUGGAGAAAGACUUCCUUCAGUUGCAUCUUCUAAGCAUUCCUUAGGAUUUCCUUCAAAGUAAGUUCCACUCAGCACCAAUAUUAUUGAUUUACGCUGCUAGCCUUGUUUCCUUCUAUAAUAAUAAUAAAAAAAAAGUAUAGGGAGAUGCUUCAAGACCAAAAACCCAGGUGUAUUAUUAAUAUCAUUUAAUUCAAAUGCCAAGUCAUUUUAGCAAGCCCAGCUCAGUAACAGAUAGUAAAUUCUAAUCUACUUCAAAGUAAUAAUAAAAUAUGAGUGAAUGUGGUAGGGUAGUCUUUUAGAAAUCAGCAUAAUUUCAACUGACAUCCUGCAGUAAGAAUGAAAGAUUUUUGCAGUUGAGUUGGGGUGUAGUCAUCAGAAAGACCUAAUAAAUACAGAAUAAAGAUAUUUGACUGGCCUGAGACAUAAUACCAACCAGUUAUCACCUGUGGUUCUUUUAAUAUAUUUUUAAAUUUGAUUCGGUUUUAUAAAAAAUACAUCAGCCUGAUUUUCUUGAGUUAUCAUCUCUGUGGUAGCAGAGAUGGGGUUUAUACUUUCUUACUAAUGACUGGUGUCCUUAUGUCUACCCAAGAGCAGGGAUAGAAGCUAUGUCCAAAUUGGUUCUGAAUUCUACCGAUGUAUAUCGGUUUGAGGCAAUGAAUCAUUAAAAUCAUUUUGUCUCCUUUGGGAGGAUGACAUGUCUUCAGUAUUUAUGUGGCUUUUUCUUCCAUGUAUACAUAUGCAAAGCUUUCCUUACAGUAAAGGCUACAUAUGCAUAGUGGGAGACCAGACCUUUACAGAUAAAGGAAAGCAACUUCAGAAAUGAAUUAUUUUCUUUGCUUUAUUAUUUUUAUCAAGACAGAAAGUAUUGUAUUGAGAGAUCUAUUUUCAUAAUCAAUAUGUGCCUAAAUUAUAUUUAAAUCAUUUCACUCUGUACUAUAUUUUCAGUAAUUAUAGAAUGUACUAUUCAUCUACUUAAGAGUACCUCUGUAGACGUAACCUAAAACUGCAGAAGAGAUUUGAAGAAUUAUAUGGUAUGCUUAGAAAACUGCAGGUUUUGGGUAUAAUGUAUACUGUAUUGAUGACCAACACGAAAUGUAAUGAAGGCGUUUCUUGUCUUGCUUUAAGUAUUGAUGACCAGCCCUGAAAGUUCUAGGUGGAAAGAAAAUAAAGCAUAUCACAAGUCAUGGUA